CGUAAGAUCGGCUUGUCCGCUGCAGUUAAUAAAAGUGUUCUGUCUCGUGCGCACGAGUCAGACGAUGCGAUGGCGCAGGGACAGGUGUUAAUAGUUUUACUCGUACUAGCGAUAAGUCAUAUUGGCGCAGAUGAUGCCGUAUCCACUCCAAAACCAAAAAAAGUCCUAGACACAGUCAUGAACCCGUCCUACAUACCCGCAGACGAGAAGCACGGCUCCUAUUGGAGGAAAACAGCGUCAGAAGUAUUGAAGUCUAAGAUCAAAGAAACCAUCAACACCAAUAAAGCCAAGAAUGGUAUAAUGUUCAUCGGUGAUGGGAUGUCCUUGGCUACUGUCAUGGCGGCCAGGACGUUCGCUGGGCAGCUGGAGAGAGAACUCGGAGAAGACAACGUUUUAGAUUUUGAAAAGUUCCCAGUCACUGGGUUAGCGAGAACUUACUGCAUAGACGCUCAAGUACCAGAUUCAGCCUGUACCGCUACAUCCUACCUCACAGGAGUUAAGACCAAGUAUGGAGUCAUUGGUCUGGAUGGCAACGUUACUAGAGGUUCCUGCUACUCGCAACUACAUAAAGGCAACUGGUCACCUUCUAUUGGACAGUGGGCGUUGGCGAAUGGAUUAGAUGUUGGUCUCGUUACCACCACUCGUGUGACCCACGCCUCACCGGCUGGGAUGUACGCCCACACAUCCGAGAGAAACUGGGAGUCAGACGCAGAUGUUCCUGCGGAGUGCCUGAGCUUAGGGUGCAAGGACAUAGCCUAUCAGCUGAUCACGAGCAACCCUGGCAGACAGUUUAAGGUGAUAAUGGGAGGUGGGCGUCGCGAGUUCACGCCAAACGUUACAAACCCUUUAACCAACAGUACUGGCAAACGUCUAGAUGGCAUUGACCUGAUUGACCUCUGGCAUGAGGAUAAAGUUGACUUAAAUGCCACCCACCAGUACGUUACAGACAGAAGUGAGCUGAUGAAGGUCUUCAAUUCAGAUGACUUGCCCGAAUAUCUUCUUGGCCUGUUCCAAAACGACCACAUGGACUAUCAUUUGAAGGCCAAUAAUCAGCCAACCCUAGAAGAAAUGGUAGAAGUAGCUAUAAAGAUGCUGAGCAGAAACGAUAAGGGAUACUUUUUGUUUGUGGAAGGUGGCAGAAUAGAUCACGCCCAUCAUGACAGCUACGCUCAUUUAGCACUGGAUGAAACUGUUGAAUAUGCUAAAGCUGUUAAGAAAGCUAAAGAACUAACAAAUGAAGCAGAAACUCUUAUUGUCGUAUCUUCAGAUCACGCACACACAAUGACAGUAGCCGGUUACCCAUCAAGGGGUAAUGAUAUCCUAGGGGUUGUUGAUACAGCUAAAGGUGCCGAUGGUGUACCAUAUACCACUCUAAGUUAUGCUAACGGAAAAGCCACGUCCUUUAAUGAAGCAGGAAGGAUUGAUGUGACAUUACAUAGUGAAUUUUCCAAUCGUGAAUUGGAAUAUUCAUAUCCAAGCUUAGUUCCUCUGGACUCAGAAACGCACGGAGGUGAGGACGUCGCCGUGUUUGCCAGUGGACCUUGGCAGCAUUUAUUCACAUCUAGCUACGAACAAUCCGUCAUACCACACAUGAUGGCAUAUGCAAUGUGCUUGGGUGACAAUCCCCAUGAGAAUUGUAUGUCAAAACAUCAAAGAGCAUUCUGGACCAGUAACGGAUUUAAUAUGAGACCAAAUAAGUAUUAUUUACUAAGUUUAUAUGUUGUGAUAUUAUUAGUUAGUAAAAUAUAUAUGUAGUUAUUUAGUUUUUAGGCAUGAUACUUAAUUUAUUUUAUAAUACCUAAGAGAACUGUUAUUUGCCGAUCUAUAUAUUAAACUAAAUGCCUUGCCCCUCCUUUUAAGUCAAAAUACAUACCAAGUAAACCCUCCCUGAAAACUAUAUAAUUUUUGCUUUCUAGGCUGUAGUUGUGUCUGUGCGUUGAUAGCCAGUCAGGACAAAUAUUUCUUUGGGUAGAUAUUGGAUAAACCUUCCUAAAAAAAAUC